CGCGUCCGGUUUAAGCUCGUUUUCUUUCCGCCAACUAUUUCGAGAGUGCGUUGGGUGUGCAAUAUCCCGCCCUAUUUUGAGAAAUUAGUGUUACAGUGAAAUUUAAAAUUAAAAAAAAAAUGGAAACGUUAAUUGUUGUAGGGUUAUGCUUUGUGUGUUAUCAAUUGUGCGAAAUGUUGUUCAAAUGUGCUAAACAAAAUGAUGAACCUCUUCUUGGAGACGAUACAGCACGACCUGUUUACUCUAUUCCUCUGAGUAAUCCUCGUGCUAGUACUUAAAAUUUUAAAAUAUUAAAAAGAAACUUUUUGAAAUCGUUAAGGAAAAAAGUCGUGAUUUAACUUACUGCCCCAACUUAAACGUAAAACUGUAUUAAUAAGAAAUGCUGUGUUAUAAAACAAUAUAAUAACAAUUUGUGGAUAUUAUAUAAUCAACGAAUCAAUGUGCAUCGAAAACUACUCAAAAUGGAUUCUUUAGAGCGUUUAAUGAGUGCUGCCAAGCCGUUACCUCCGGCAUUGGCGGGAAAUUCUUUACCUAGACGAGCUUUGGUUCAUGCUAGUAUUGCAACGACUGCGGCUGUUGGACGAAGAGGGCGUCAUCUAACUGGGACAUUCUGCUUGACAGGUGAUACCAUGGAAGGCAUCAUUCAAUGCUUGGUGUUCCUCAAAGCGUUCUCGCUUGUUGGAGGGGAAUUCGACAUGGAACUAAACUUUGUAAUUCAGGAUGCGCAGAACAUCAGACACAUGCUCGAGUUGCUCGACCACUGUCCCCCAAACUUACAGGCUGAAAUAUGGAGUGUCUUCAUAGCGAUUUUACGGAAAAGCGUGCGGAAUUUACAGGCUUGCACCGAUGUUGGCCUGAUCGAGCACGUCCUGAAAAGGCUUCGCAAUGCGGACGUCGUCGUCGCAGAUUUAUUAAUAGAAAUGCUUGGCGUUUUGGCUAGUUAUAGUAUCACAGUAAAGGAGCUCAAAUUGCUUUUUGGUGCCAUGAAAGCAAUUAAUGGAAAAUGGCCUCGACAUUCAGCUAAAUUACUAAACGUUCUCCGUCAAAUGCCCCAAAGAAGCGGACCGGAUGUAUUUUUUAGUUUUCCUGGCAGAAAAGGAUCUGCGAUUGUGCUACCCCCGUUGGCGAAAUGGCCGUACGAGAACGGUUUCACCUUCACCACGUGGUUCAGACUGGAUCCCAUCAAUUCGGUGAAUAUAGAACGGGAGAAACCCUAUUUGUAUUGCUUUAAAACAAGCAAAGGAGUCGGGUACACUGCCCAUUUCGUUGGAAAUUGUCUGGUGUUAACAUCGAUGAAGAUAAAGGGUAAAGGAUUUCAACAUUGCGUAAAGUACGAGUUUCAACCAAGAAAGUGGUACAUGCUCGCAGUGGUGUACAUUUACAAUAGGUGGACGAAGAGUGAGAUCAAAUGUUUAGUCAACGGUCAAUUAGCGUCCAGUACAGAGAUGGCCUGGUUCGUGUCCACAAACGAUCCUUUCGACAAAUGCUUUAUUGGGGCUACACCGGAACUGGAUGAGGAACGAGUUUUUUGUGGACAAAUGUCGGCAAUUUAUUUGUUUAGCGAAGCUUUAACUACGCAUCAAAUUUGCGCAAUGCACAGACUAGGUCCUGGAUAUAAGAGCCAAUUUCGAUUCGAUAAUGAAUGUCAUUUGAAUCUACCCGACAAUCACAAAAGGGUGAGUGAAAUUGAUCAGAGUGGUACUAGCAUGGCCCAGAACAUCUCAGAUGCACGUAUAGUGCUCUACGAUGGAAAGCUUUCUAGCGCGAUCGUUUUUAUGUACAACCCCGUAGCCACUGAUAGCCAGCUUUGUCUACAAUCAGCCCCGAAGGGAAAUAUUUCUUACUUCGUCCACACUCCACAUGCUCUCAUGUUACAGGACGUGAAAGCUGUGAUAACCCAUUCCAUCCACAGCACGCUCAACUCAAUAGGAGGAAUUCAAGUGCUGUUUCCACUUUUUUCCCAAUUAGAUUUGCCUUACGAGUGCAAUGGAUCUGCAGAUGCUAAACGUGACCCUACACUGUGUUCAAAAUUAUUGGGAUUUAUUUGCGAAUUGGUUGAAACAUCACAAACCGUACAACAACACAUGAUCCAAAAUCGAGGAUUCUUAGUGAUCAGCUUUAUGCUACAACGAUCUUCGAGGGAUCAUUUAACCAUCGACGUUUUAGGAUCAUUUCUAAGCUUAACAAAACAUCUGGUUACUUGUUUGAGUGCCAACAGCGAAUUACUUCUUAAACAGUUGUUCUGCUUCUCGUUUCUGACAUGGCAGUUGUUGGAUCAUGUCCUCUUCAACCCAGCGUUAUGGAUCUACACGCCAGCUUCGGUCCAAUCGAAACUCUACUCGUAUUUGGCGACGGAGUUUUUAUCUGACACUCAAAUUUAUUCGAAUGUUAGGCGAGUUUCUACAGUUCUUCAAACAGUGCAUACUUUAAAGUAUUAUUAUUGGGUGGUUAAUCCUCGAGCGAAGAGUGGGAUAACCCCUAAAGGAUUGGAUGGACCUAGGCCAGCCCAAAAGGAUAUCUUGGCGAUUCGAGCUUACAUCUUGCUAUUUUUGAAGCAAUUAAUUAUGAUUGGAAAUGGAAUGAAAGAUGAUGAACUUCAAAGCAUUUUGAAUUACUUAACAACGAUGCACGAGGAUGAAAACCUGCAUGAUGUCUUGCAAAUGCUUAUCUCGCUAAUGUCCGAGCACCCGUCUUCCAUGGUGCCCGCUUUCGAUUGCAAGCAUGGCAUCCGAACGAUAUUCAAACUGCUAGCAUCUGAAAGUCAAUUGAUUCGACUUCAAGCACUUAAGCUAUUAGGAUUUUUUCUAAGCAGAAGCACCCACAAACGGAAGUACGACGUGAUGAGUCCCCACAAUCUGUACACUUUACUCGCGGAAAGGUUGCUUUUAAACGAAGACAUCCUUUCCAUGCCAACUUACAACGUUCUUUAUGAGAUUAUGACCGAACAUAUUAGCCAACAGAUACUUUAUACCAAACAUCCAGAACCGGAGAGUCAUAGCAGAUUAGAAAAUCCAAUGAUUUUAAAAGUUGUUGCCACCUUAAUAAGGCAAUCGAAACAAAGCGAGCAAUUAUUGGAUGUGAAGAAAUUGUUUUUAUCUGAUAUGACCUUACUAUGUAAUAAUAACCGAGAAAAUAGAAGAACUGUCCUACAAAUGUCCGUGUGGCAAGAAUGGCUCAUCGCAAUGGCUUAUAUCCACCCCAAAAACACUGAGGAGCAAAAAAUUUCCGACAUGGUUUACUCACUAUUUCGAAUGCUUCUCCACCACGCGAUUAAAUACGAAUAUGGGGGAUGGAGAGUUUGGGUUGACACCUUAGCUAUAGUUCAUUCAAAGGUUUCUUACGAAGAAUUUAAGCUGCAAUUCUCCCAAAUGUACGAACAUUACGAGCGCCAAAGAACCGACAACAUAACCGAUCCUUUAGUAAGACAACAACGCCCAAUAAGUACAAUUUCCGGUUGGGAUCAACAACAAGAAACUGUAGUUCAAAACGGCUACCACCAAGAAACUCAAUGGCAAAACACGGCGUCGUUGCGAGAGAUCGAAAAAUCGGACCCAGUUUGUAAUUGCGAUUUUAAUUCACCAACAUCAGAAGGAAGCCCGGCCUCUUUCAUCACGAAACGCGACGACAGUGAAGGUGUAUCUUUAGAUUCAAGGACUAGUGAUUUAUAUAGUGACGUGAAAAUCGGAAAGGAAUCGCCGUUUUCGCAAGAUUCGCCGCUAAAGUCUCAAAUUACGGAAUCACCCGUUUGUAACGGAAUACACACAGAGAGUAGUUCUAGUUUUGGGGGGAGUCCCACGAAAAACGAUUUAAUCGACGAAGAAUCAAAAGAAGAAUUAAUUAACGGGAUCGUACAAGAUAUUAUUACGAAAUCAGAGAAAUUAUUGGAAGAAAAUGAGUUGGAAAUGAAUGAUACACCAUCUCCAAUUAACAGAAUUGAGGACGAAAUUAAAAAGGAAAAUAACGAAGAAAUUAGUGAAGAUGAAUCAAAAAGUGAAAUUACAAAUGUAAUUAAAGAUGAUGUUAAUAAUGAUGAAAUUAAAGAUGAAAUGAAAGAUGAUUCAAAAGAUGAUUCAAAAGAAGAUGAUGAAGUGUUUAGUACUAAAGAAGAUUUAGACUCGAAAGUUUCUUCAACUUAUAGUAGUCCAAAACAUGAUAGUAACAUAGAAUUACCACAACCUUCUUCUGAUAUUGCUGAUACAGAUACAUCUCCAACAAGUCCAGAAAAGGAAAGCGAUUUAUCAGAAAGGUAUUUAACACCGACGGAAUUAAGCGAAUCCGAGCGUAAAGAAGAAGAUGUUGAAACAAAAUUGGACGAAUUAAAUAAAGAAACAAUAAAUAAGGAUGAAAUAAAAAAUGAAACUGAAAAUGUUGAAGAAAACGAAAAAAUUGUAAAUAAAGUUGAUGAAAAAAGUGAAAAUGUAUGCUCAAGUAAUGAAGAAAAUACCUCAACUGAUUUAAACGUAGCUCCUAAAGAAAUUGUAAAUGUAAAUAAUAAUAGUGAUGAGAAAAAAGAAAUUAAAAACGAUGAAAAAACAGGAUUAGUUCCUGAUGAUGUGCCAAUUAUUGAAACAAAAUUAAUUGAUACAGAAUUAAUCGAAAAAGAAUUAAUUAAUAAUGAUUUAAUUGAUAAAAAAUUAAUUGAUACUAGUGCUGUGUCAGUAGAAUUAGAGCCGUCCAACGAUACUAGUCUAGAUGCAAACAUCGUUGUAAAUAGCGAGGUUAGCGAAACGUCGGAUUCGGAGGUGAAAUCGUCCGAUAAUAUUCCGACUAUCUCGCAAAUCUGUGAUCCUAGUCAUUUUACUACUGUAACUACUACUUCGGCGGAAACCGACGAAAAACGCGACGAAGAAGCAACGCCUGUUGUAAAAGGCGAAACUAUUUCGCCCAAUAAAAAACCAACGGAAGAAAUUAAAAGGAGGAUUAGUUUGCCUUUGAAUACUCUUGAAGGGGCCGGCGAUUCUAAAAGUACUGCCAACGUUGGUUCGCCACAAAAGAGACCAAGAAGUGCUUCAACUUCUACCCAAGUUGAUCCACAUCAUUUUGCUGAGUCAAAACGCUCAAAAUCUGGAUCGGCUUCAACAAGACCAAUGUUUAGUCCCGGUCCGACGAGACCACCGUUUAGAAUACCCGAAUUUAAAUGGUCUUACAUCCACCAGCGUUUACUAUCCGACGUUUUAUUUUCCCUCGAAACGGACAUUCAAGUUUGGAGGAGUCACUCGACUAAAUCAGUUUUAGAUUUUGUGAAUAGCAGCGAAAAUGGGAUAUUCGUCGUAAAUACCGUUCAUUUAAUCUCCCAAUUAGCCGAUAAUUUAAUUAUUGCGUGCGGAGGGUUAUUACCACUUUUAGCAUCGGCUACUUCACCAAAUAGCGAAUUAGAUGUUAUUGAGCCAACGCAAGGAAUGCCGAUAGAAGUUGCGGUUUCUUUCUUACAGAGACUCGUUAAUAUGGCUGAUGUGCUUAUUUUUGCUAGUUCUUUAAAUUUCGGGGAAUUAGAAGCCGAAAAGAAUAUGUCAAGUGGUGGGAUAUUAAGGCAAUGUUUAAGAUUGGUAUGCACUUGUGCAGUCCGCAAUUGCCUGGAGUGUAAAGAACGCAGUCGGCCGAUUAAUUCACUCGCACCGCCUCCAUUGAACGCAUCUCACAAAUCCGCACAUUUACAGAGUUUUAUAAGAGGCGUUCAAAACUCACCUAAGAGCGUAGCUGAAAAUAUCUCAAAUUCUUCGAGUCCUGUAAAAGAUCCGGAAAAACUUCUUCAAGAUAUGGACGUGAAUCGUUUAAGAGCGGUCAUCUACAGAGACGUGGUGAGAACGUUUAUCCAGGAGGAAACGAAGCAAGCUCAAUUUUUAUCGUUGGCGAUCGUUUAUUUCAUCUCGGUUUUAAUGGUGUCGAAAUACCGAGAUAUUUUGGAACCUCCAGUUUCAAUGAGGCCACCAAGUCCGGUACCAACGAUUCGAAAUAGCACUAGUUCGCAUCAUUCCGGAAGUCCGCAAGAGGGCAGUGCGAGACCUUUAUUCCCCCAGUGGUCGCAUCACGUUUACCCACAAUUUUUACCCGGAUCCCAUCCCAAUGCUGCGCCCCAUCACAAUUACGUCCGACACCGUCACCACUCCUACGUUAAACACCACUAUAACCAUAACAUUAAUAAUAACCACCAUUCCCACCACCAUAACCAUAAGAUCGACCACCGAUAUCAUAGAAAUUCGACCGGUAGCCAUCCAGCUUCAAGAGCGAUUCACAGCCAAACGAAUCAAGAGGAAGCCGAUUAUGACGUGAUUACCGCUUAUGUUAUGGAUGAUAAUUCGGUGAGAGAUCACGACAUCCGUUCUGGACCACCAUCAAUCAAAGUUAGCACGCGGCAACGGCCUUCUAUUGGACAUGGGUACACUGUAGAUUACUCUGUGGAUGGGAUGAAGCAUGCUCAUGCAAGAGAUGGUGUUAAAAAGAGUAUGGAUUCAGUAGAAGAAAUCAAUUCUGUUAACUCAUCAGGAACAAAUAACGUUGAUGGUUCCGAUAUAAUCGAAGAUAACAAGAUUUUGACAAACGAUGAAAAUUGGACUGAUAUUAAUUUGAACGAAGACGGUGAUGUUAUUUCAAAAGAGGAUUCAUUAAAUUUACAAAACAUGUCUCACUCAGUCGAUAUCGAAGGGAAUAUACAAGAACGCGGCGAAAAACAAUAUUCAGAAAUUUCCGUUGUAAGAGUUCCUGAUAGCAUGAUUCAAGCUCCUGCUCAAAUCAGACCCGAUGAUCUUCCAGUAAACAAUUUGGUCGAUCAUAUCUCAAUUCCUACACCUUCACGCGAAGCUUCUUUAACCCAAAAACUUGAAAUGGCACUAGGAUCAGUUUGCCCAUUAUUACGCGAAAUUAUGAUCGAUUUCGCACCGUUUCUUUCAAAAACUUUGGUUGGAUCGCAUGGUCAAGAGUUAUUGAUGGAAGGUAAAGGAUUGACCACAUUUAAAAACAGCAAUUCUGUCGUUGAAUUGGUCAUGUUAUUAUGUUCACAAGAGUGGCAAAAUUCGUUACAAAAACAUGCCGGUUUAGCUUUUAUCGAAUUAAUUAACGAAGGUAGAUUACUUUCGCAUGCGAUGAAAGAUCAUAUUGUGCGUGUAGCUAAUGAAGCUGAGUUUAUUUUAAAUAGAAUGCGAGCUGAUGAUGUUUUAAAACACGCCGAUUUCGAGUCACAAUGUGCCCAAACUUUAUUAGAUAGAAAAGAAGAGGAACGAAUGUGUGAUCAUCUUAUUACAGCAGCUAGAAGGCGCGAUAAUGUUAUUGCUAGUAGAUUAUUAGAAAAAGUUAGAAAUAUCAUGUCGAAUAAACAUGGAGCUUGGGGAUAUACGGACCCACAAAUGGCUAAAUUAAACGAGUUUUGGAAAUUAGACGCUUGGGAAGACGACGCUCGUAGAAGAAAACGUUUCGUGCACAACCCACUCGGUUCCAGUCAUCCUGAAGCCACAUUAAAAGCUGCUUUAGAACACGGAGGUCCUGAAGACGCUAUUUUACAAGCUCGCGAAGAAAUUCACGCUCAAUUAGCGGCAAAUAGAAAUCAACAACAGAUGCAAUCGACCGAUUUAAUGGAUGAUAACGAAUUAUUAAUGGAUGAUAGGGAUUUAGAUAGUGAUACAACAGGUCCAGUCAACAUCAGCACAAAAGCCAAAUUAAUCGCACCUGGAAUUGUUGCCCAUGGAAUGGUCUCAAUUACUUCUUCAGAGAUUUAUUUCGAAGUCGACGAGGAAGAUGAGGAAUUUAAGAAGAUCGAUACAGAGGUGAGCGAAUUUUGA